UCGUGUCUCAACAUCGCUGUCAGUUUGGGAGAGCAUAAAAAAUGUAAACAGUGAUCACAACACAGAAGUUAUGUAAAAUAAUCGUUCAGCAGUUUUUAGUAGAAAUCCAAGCAAAAUACCGCACCAAAUAAUCUCAAAAAGUUGUGAACAACCCGCGUAAAUAUGGCAUUCCGUGGUGCGAGGUUUGCCUCGUCAUUCAUUCGCAACAACCUGGACGCGUUCAAGCAAAGACAGACCGCUCUUCAAAACCGGAUCGACUCGAUUCAAUUUCCGGAAAAAUACAAAGGAACCAUAUGGGAAAAAUGGGCCAUGUACUGGCGAAAUCUGAUCCGUGACUACAAGGAAAUGGUCAUCGACACAGGUAAGACGAUGCGGGAGCGACCGGUGCGCAGCGGGAUUUACCUCACCCUGCUGGGAACGACCUACUACUGCUGUUCCACCAAUCCGGACGAGGCGGACUUUGUCAAUCGGUUCCGACAGUGUGCCAACGAGCUGCAGCUGGUGCAUCCCAGCUGCCAGAACCCGACGGCCUCCCACCACAUUCAGUUCCUGCAGCGGUGCUACAACGAGGGUAUCGUCCGGAGGAUAACGCUCGGGGUGGUGUCCUUCAUUUGGUUGGACAAUUUCGACCGAGGGGUGGCCAUCUACAAGGCCAUCUGUCCGUACUUGCAGCCCCGCUACAUGACCUUCCACGAGCGGGUUGUCGACGUGGGCUUCAAUAACGAGUGGUGGCUAUUGCGGAAAAAGAUGGUCGAUUACGAUAUCAACGAGGAAAAUCUAUAGGAAUAAAUUAGGAAUCCCGAGCAAA